CGUGAGUAUUCUCAUGCUAACGCUGCCGCAGCGUUCUCCGUUGGCCGGCCGAUUCUCAAGACAAAACGGGACGGAUAACCGGAGGAGGAUGCGCGGGAAUUUCGCUCGUCGCCGUUCUGGAUGAAGCGAAGGGGGCGUUGUGCUUCUUCAUCCCAUCGUGAGGUCGACGCACCAGCAGAGAGUUCAGUGACACAGCCUCAGCCCGACCAUCUUUACCUGUACAUGGAGACCCCCAGCUGGGCAGGUAACGCAUUGUGCAAGUCGGGAAGCAUCGGCGUCUUCGGGAACGUGGUGUACAGCGGACUGCUCAACGAGCACUUGUGGCAUCUGGGAGUACCGCUCUUCACGAGACUGGGCAACCAAGAGGCCCCCAACCCCGCGGACGCCAUGAGCCAGCCCUACACCGCGGCCCAGUACCCCCCGCCCCCACAGAACGGCAUCCCCGCCGAGUUUGCGGCCCCACACCCGCUCCCCACGCCCGACUAUAGCGGGCAGAGCCGCGUGGCCGAGCACGCACUGACGCUGUACACGCCCACACCUACGCACGGCGAGCCGGGCGCCGACAGCAGCACGCCCAGUAUCGCCGCCCCCGCCUCCGCACCGGUCAGUGUCGCUCGGCACCUGCAAACACUCUUCCUCGCAGGCCGGCAGCAAUCAGACGACGUGACGCAAACGGACGCCUCGCAGCACUCGGAUUCGUCGGAGAAGCAGCAGCCCAAACGAUUACACGUGUCCAACAUUCCCUUCCGCUUCCGGGACCCUGACCUGAGGCAAAUGUUUGGGCAAUUUGGAAAGGUCUUAGACGUGGAGAUUAUCUUUAACGAGCGAGGAUCCAAGGUGAACAACGCCACAGCGCGAGUGAUGACCAACAAAAAAGUGGCCAACCCCUACACCAACGGUUGGAAGUUGAAUCCGGUGGUGGGCGCCGUCUACGGUCCCGAGCUGUAUGCCGUAACGGGCUUCCCGUACCCCGCCACGGGCACGGCCGUGGCCUACAGAGGGAGCCACUUGCGAGGUCGAGGGCGAGCCGUCUACAAUACCUUCCGCACGGCCCCGCCGCCACCGCCCAUCCCGGCUUACGGAGCGGUGGUGUACCAAGACGGCUUCUAUGGCGCCGAGAUCUACGGUGGCUACGCAGCGUACAGAUUCGCCCAGCCCACCACCACCGCCGCCUACAGCGACAGCUAUGGCAGAGUCUAUGCAACGGCUGAUCCCUACCACCACACGAUCGGCCCCGCCGCUACCUACAGCGUGGGAACCAUGUAAAUAGGAAACGCCGGGAAGAGGAAGCAACGCUCAUCACGGUUGGACAUCGCAGAAGUAACGACGGGAGGGAGGCAUACAAACCGGCGGCAGGAGCAUCGACGGCCGCCUCGCCCAACCACCGCGGGCCGAUCGUCUUUUUAGCAGCGGCCGGCCGGCCAAGAAAAGGGACAGAGAAAAGAGUUCAGAUGAGAGGCGUCCCGUUAUUAUAAAACAUUUUAUUUUUCUAUACUUUUGUCACGUGUGUGUAUAAAGGCGUAUAAAUAUAUAUAUGUACAAAUGUCUUUUUAUGUUUUACGGGGGAGUCCAGAACAGGCGGCCAGAUGUGGCGGAGGAGGGAGAACCUGCACCUCCUUCUUUUCCUCCUCCUCAUUUACUUUUUUCCUCCCCGUGGACGCUGUCGUGAUGUCACUUCCUGCCGGCAGCACCCCACGAAAUCCCCUUUGUUUUACGGCGCCCCCCGGUGGCAGAGGUUCCGCCCACGGCCGAGGACUGGACAGUCGGUCGUCGGCGAGUCGGGGGAGGUUGGCCGACGUCGGGACUUUCCAGAGGACAUGUUGACUGGCGGCGUCCGCCUGAAGAGGUUUCGCAGAGGCCGAGGCCACGUCCGCACGUAUGCACGCAAGUUUGCCAAAAACAAUUGUUCAUUUUUACAUAAAGUACCUUCCCACACACGCAAACGGCGGGAUUUUUUUGCCUUAAACUUGAACUUUUCAUUCACCUUGAAGUUACUUUUUUCCCUCCAAAAAUAUGCCUUUAUUCUAGAAAAAUCCUGAAUUUUUCACAACGUAAAUUUAACGUAAUUUUCAUUGAGUUUUUUCCAUAAUUCUUUUGUGUAACCUGAUUUUUUUAAGAAACAUAAACAUUUUCAUGAACACAACAUGCAAAAAAUGAUGUAAGAUGGAGAACAUAUUGAAAGAAAUAUAUUGAUUUUUUUUCUUGGAAGAAAUGGGAUUUUCUUUCAAGAAACAAAGCUUUUCCUGAAAAAAAAUACAGAUUUAGUCUUGGGGGGCCAUUGUGAAAGAACAAUUUUCUUUCUUGAAAAAUUAUUUUGUCAAGAAAAUUACACUUCUGAAAUUUUCUUGAAGUUUUUUUGCAAAGAAAUUCAAAUUUAAAACCAUUAUUUCUGACUUUGAGAAUAUAUUAUCAUUAAAAAAAUAUUGUGAUUUAUUCCAUGGAAAUUAUAAACCUUACGUAAAGACCACACCUUUUUUUUCUUGGAAUUUCUUUCUUACAAAAAACAAACAAACAAAAAAAUGACAAUUUCUUAAUAAUAUGCAAGUUUCCCAAACAUUUUUUUAACAAAAAAUAUCAGAUUUUUAUCCGCCAAGUGUAUAUUACUUUUCAGUGCGGCCCUUGUAUUUUGACGUUUUGCUGUUAUUUUCACUUUUUUUUUUUUUUUUGCUGUAAAGAUGUCUCUUGUGAAACAAUGGGACGCGUACGUGAGGACGUGGCCUCUGCCAGUACCGAUUUGCGUGCUUGUGUUGUGUGUUUCUCGGAGGGGGGGGUCUUUGAUUUUUUUGUCAGUUUUUUGCGGUGGCCAAACUUUGUCAAUUUGUGCGAGGAGUGGCUGUCCAAGGUGUGGAAACCGGAGAAUGUCGGUUGCGUUCUUUGAAUGUACUCUUUCUUCUCUGCGUGGAUUCUUUACGUUGCUGUACAUAAAUAUAUAGACAUAUCUAUUCUAUGGGCUGUGCUGAUGUCAGGGAGUAUAUGGGGUGGCCACACGAGCCCCCCCCUUUAGAUUUCAGUCCCCCUCCCACUAAAUAUCCCCCUGAUAUUUACUGUAACAUGUGAUCAUGUGUUCUAUGAUUGAAGGUGAUUGUGUGGCCCCGCCCCCCCACCGCAACUUCGACCCCCUCCUCUCUGACCACAAUGGAGGACUUCACCUCCUUUUGGAGUGAAUUCCGCCCAAUUUCCGGCUUCUUCCGUCUGUCCUUUGUAGGGGUUUGAACGCGAGGCCUGAGCUCUUUGAUCAAGAGCCAGCAGGCGGGAGCGCCCGUUAAUGCUAAUGCUAGCCCAUGGGCGUUUGGGGGGGUGGGGGCAGAGUAGAGAUAACCAGCUAUGGGUGAACUCACACUAGGCUUUUCCAACUACGCUUCCGGGCCACUCGAAGGCCAAAGCCCCAAACCUACUUUGACAAUUAAUCCACAAAGUGAAUGAAUGAUUGUCCUAGUGUGAGUAUACCGUCGCGAUACCUUCAAAGCAGGGGUGCCCAUUACGUCGAUCACGAUCGACCGGUCGAUCGCCAAGCCACUAUUGGUCGAUCGUGUAAUAUGUUUUUAUUUAUUUUUCGUACUUGACGCGUGUAAAAACAACGGCGCUAACACCACAACACAAACACGCUAGCUCGCGAGUUCCCUCCAAUUGUCAGAAACCUGGUUUUUCUCUUAAACUUAAGGAAGGGUAUAAAAAUGAGGCAGUUGGAAGAAGUAUCACUUUCGUAGGGAAUGGGAGGACUUUUUUUCAUGAUGACAUAUAUAUAUAUACACGUAUAUGUAUAUAAUUAUUUUUUUUAGUGGGUAGAUCUUUGUGACUUGGUCAUUUUAAAAGUAGCUUGCGAGCUGAAAAAGUUUGGGCACCCCUGCUUUAAAGGGCUUGUGGCCGCAUGGUCAAAUUCCCCUUCAGGAAAACCACCUCUUAUUCCACACAAUUGAUUUGUUUUGGUCCAAAAAAAAACAAUAAGACCACCCUCUCCCCACCCGUUGACACUUCCUGUACAGUAGGACGACUUCCUGUGCAGCGUCCAAUCGAGUGUCUGACUGGGCAGGCGGAGAUGAACAACCGCCCGCAUCGCGCGUGUCCUCCGCCGAUUAUCUAUGCACUACCCGUAACCACCACACGAUGUCACUCACGCGCUCACGUUAGCGAGACUGUUAGCAAAUGAGACAACAUGUACCUUUGUCGUUGAUUUUGUUUUCCGGAAAACCAAAUGACGAUGAAUUCAAAUUUGGAAAAAAGGCCAGAUUUUGCAUUUGCGAGGCUAGCCUGGUGGUUCAUGUAGCAGCUGUAUUAAGUACAAAAACAAAAAAAGAUCACUUUAGUGUGUAAUGUCAGUGCUUCUACAGAGACGACCAUUAUUAUUGUACAGCAUUAGCCUAUAAACAUACAAUUUUUGGUCCGCAAAUCGCAAGUCUUCGAGUCUACUUUUAUUGAUAAGCCUUUCUCUGAUCGAGAAGGAAAGAUUUCUAAGUCAAGGCACGUAACCGAUGCAUGGCUUCACACUCUUGGAUCGUUUUUUCAUUAAAAGCGGUAAAGCAACUUUAAAGAAUAUGUUUCAAUGACAUCUGAAAUCCAAAUCUUAGCCAUUAGCAUAACAUAGUAUCGCAUAGUUGUAUAUUUUCACAUGUGCUGCUGCGUCAUCAGUCAAUGCAUCAAAAUAAAUGUAUAGUUUAAUGGCAGAAAGUCAUUUCAUCUGUUUUCACUGCUCGGUUUUUAACGGGUAAGUUUUAAGGUGGAAAAGCAGUUGGGUUUUUUUUACCACUUCCGUAGCCUCUUAAACAGCAAAUUCCACAUUAGCCACUAAAAGAGGCGAGAUGUGCCAGUUUACAGCUGGAAAUCUCUUUGUGAUCGUCUGUUUCCAUUGUCGAGGCUUUUACGAAUGUACUGUACAUAAACGAAGACGUGAACUGAUGUUAGCUUUCUUACUGUUGUAUAUAAAUUGAAUUGAAGGUGGUCAAGCAGCUUUAAUCCUUAAUCCAAAUGUUAUCCAUUACCAUAGUAUAGACUCAUAUUUUCACAUCUAGUCAUUAUUAAUGUACUAUUCACUAAAAGCGUCUAGAUGUUCAUUCUUAUGACAAAAAAAAUCCAGUCCGUUUUCAUUGUAAAGCUUUUGCUCGAUAUAAAAGUGAAAUUGUGUUGGCUUCUUACUGUUGAAUAUUGUUAAUCACCUAGAAAUCUUUUUUUGUUUUGUAUUUUACCAAUUCCGUAGCUCUCUGAAAUGCAAAUCUUAACCAUUAGCAUAUCGUCGCUAUAUAUUUUCACGUCUGCAGUUUUAUCCAGCGUCCGCGGCUCGCCACUUCAACUGAUGCUUUGCGGCAAACUUGCUGUUUGUUUACACGCUUGUAAAGAAUCGCUAAUCCGACGACUGGUCUUCCACUCCUUUUGUAGCCACACAAGCGAGCUUGCGACGCUUGACGCGUGUGACGCCAAAGCGGCGGUUGUUCCUCUCCGCUCCACCAGGUGGCACCCCACCAGGUAACCGCUCCCCAACACAACCGGGGCCCCCUUCCAAAAGUGACCGCCACCCAGUAUGUGUGCCCCCCGACCUUUUGUACUCUUCCUGUUCUGUACAUAUUAACCCCCAUUCCCCACCUCAUCCUAACACAAGAAAAAAAAAAUCCUCUUCCAAAAAAUGUGUAUUUUGUUCAAAAAACAGCAAAUUUAUUUAUAAGGAUUUUUUAAAGACUUUAUCGCUUUCUGCGUUUUGUAAAUGUUCAAGGUAAAAAAAAAAUGUUUUAAAAAUGUUAAAUGGCUAUAUUGAAAGGUUGAAAAAAAUGUCUACCCCUUUCCUCUCUUACCCCGUACUUCUACUUGUGUUUUGUUUCUUUCUCUUUCUGUAUGCUUCUCUUUCCGUGCUUCAGAUGAAGAGUUCUAUUUAUUAUGACAUUAACGUUAUUAUUAUAAUUAUGAGUAAUUAUUAAUAUCAUCAUUCAUUCAUUAUGACCAUGAAUAAACUUGUCUACUUCAA